UAAUAACCACCAUCCAUUUCUCCUCUCCCUGACCUGAACUGGUCACACAUGCUCUCACUGGAGUCCAGACACAAGCAACUUAAUGUUCAUUAGCUGGUAUUGAUGGAGCUGUAGCUCACAGUGUGGAUAUCAAAAACAAGACUGAAGGAAACUGUUAUCGGGCAGGAAUUAAUUGACCAGGAUAAGAAGUAAAGAGAGGCAUACUACUACCCUGUGGCUCAGUCCAACCUGUGUUGCCUGAGUUGGUGUCUGACAACCCUCCUGAAUGAAUGAGUGGGUGGGCCCCGACAUCAAUGUGGUGGGACCGCUGCAAAUCCCACCCAGCGAUGAAUUCUCCAUCUCAGAGAGCCCUCACUUGUUUGAUAUUCUGGCAGACCACGGCAGUCCUCUCCUGCAGGAUCCUGACAUCUUACCUUUCACCAGCUAUCCCAGCAUGCAGUACCCAUCCAUGGAGCCAACCAUGUCUUCCACACCAUACUACUCCAGUCAGAACUACUACCCUCAGUACAAUGGAGAUGAAUGGUACUCUCACACAGGGAUUUAUGAACUGAGGAAAGGACCCCUGGAGCUCAGCUAUGAUGCAGAGAUGGAGGAGACCUCUGCUGUGGUGCCUACCGUGUGCAAGAGGACCCGGCACAUGUCGCAAGCGGGCAGGGUCAAAGGGGAGGAACUGUGUGUUGUGUGUGGAGACAAGGCCUCUGGAUACCACUAUAACGCUCUCACCUGUGAGGGGUGUAAAGGUUUCUUCAGACGGAGCAUAACAAAGAACGCUGUGUACAAAUGCAAGAGUGGUGGAAACUGUGAGAUGGACAUGUAUAUGCGUAGGAAAUGCCAAGAGUGCCGGCUAAGAAAGUGCAAGGAGAUGGGCAUGCUCGCUGAAUUGAAGCCUUCAUCACUGCUGGCAGGCCUGCUGACAGAGAUCCAGUGUAAAUCUAAAAGGCUACGGAAGAACACCAAGGCCUCCCCGGGACAGUCGACUGGAGACGAGACAGAGGCAGCAGACAACACAGACAACAAACAGGUCACUUCAACCACCAAACUGUCAAAGGAAAAAGUUGAAAUCACCAAAGAGCAGCAGGCACUCAUGAAAAUCAUUGUAGAAGCUUAUAACAGGCAUCAAAUCCCUCAAGACGUGGCCAAAAAACUGCUACAAGACCAGUACAGUGCAGAGGAAAACUUCCUCCUGUUGACAGAAAUGGCAACUAGUCAAGUUCAAGUUCUGGUGGAAUUUACAAAAAAUAUUCCAGGCUUUCUGACUCUGGAUCAUGAAGAUCAGAUCGCUCUGCUGAAGGGUUCAGCUGUCGAAGCCAUGUUUCUGCGCUCAGCCCAGGUAUUCAGCAGAAAGAUGCCCAACGGACACACAGAAGUUUUAGAGGAGAGGAUACGCAAGAGUGGUAUUUCAGAAGAAUUCAUGACACCCAUGUUCAACUUUUACAAAAGCAUCGGUGAGCUCCACAUGCUACAGGAGGAGCAGGCUCUCCUCACAGCCAUAACCAUCUUGACUCCAGAUCGGCCUUAUGUGAAGGAUCAGCAGGCUGUUGAGAGGCUUCAGGAGCCCAUGCUGGACGUGCUGAGGAAGCUGUGUGCCUUACAGCAUCCACAGGAGCCGCAGUACUUUGCUCGUCUCCUGGGCCGUCUGACGGAGCUGAGAACACUCAACCACUACCACGCAGAAAUGCUCACAUCCUGGAGAAUGAAUGACCACAAAUUUACCCCACUGCUCUGUGAGAUCUGGGAUGUACAGUGACACAAUAGGAAAAGGGAAGAAAGUGGUACCUAGGGGAUGAUAACAUGAACAUUUCAACUUGCAAGACAAAGUCGUGGACCAAGUACAGGAUCUGGAAUUAAAUCCCCGCACAAGCUGUUUGCCUCUGUGUUGCCUGACCUUGAUGGCAGUAGUCAUAUAUUGACUUGGUGAGUGGUUUAGAGUAUUGUUUGCGUUUAUUCUCCACCAUCAUCAUGUCUAUUUACUGUGUGAUUUAGCCAACUCAGACUCAUAGAGGCAUUUGAAAUUUUGGCAGUGUUUUUAAGACAGAGGGGAAACUAUUCAAAGUUUAGGAUCAAGCAGACUUCUUAUUACUGUGAACAUCAUGUCAAACAUCUUGAAGGCCCAGCGUGAUCAGUCAGGCAGGUACAAACACUGGAACUUAUUCAAAGCAAGGAUGGUGCUCAUAUGAAGUGUAAGGUUUAGAUUACAUUGAGUUUGCUAAUAGCUUCAUUUAUUUUUUAUUUGUAAAACUUAGUUGUCACAGAACUUGCUACGUGUACGUGCUGUAAAUAUGCAAACGUUUUAUGUUCUGCUUCAAUAAAUAACAAGAUUAAAAGGCAAAAGGUUUUACUUAAAUGUUUAAGGUGGUUUUCAUAUAUAUUAGUCAAGACAGAGGAAACAAUGAGGAGUACACUGGAA